GCCUCUAACCAUGGGUUUCUCUAUAUUUAGCCCCAGCAGAAGCUUAGAUGGUGUUUCUGGGUUCUUCCAAGUAGUCUUCCUGCUCAGCCUAUUUCUGGUGCUUUUCAAGGCAGUCCAGUUCUACUUAAGAAGGCAGUGGCUGCUCAAGACCCUCCAGAAGUUCCCAUCCACUCCUUCCCAUUGGCUUUGGGGGCACCACCAGAAGGAUAAGGACCUCCAGCAGAUUCUUUCCUGGGUAGAGAAAUUCCCAAGCGCCUGCUUACAGUGGCUCUCGGGGAGUCGUGCACGAGUCAUGAUCUAUGACCCUGACUAUGUGAAGGUGAUUCUGGGGCGAUCAGAUCCAAAGGCUUCUGGUAUUUACCAACUAGUUGUGCCCUGGAUUGGCUACGGUUUACUUCUGUUGAAUGGGAAGAAGUGGUUCCAGCACCGGCGAAUGUUGACUCCAGCCUUCCAUUAUGAUAUCCUAAAACCUUACAUCAGAAUCAUGGCGGACUGUGUCAAUACAAUGCUAGACAAAUGGGAGAAGCUCGACGGACAGGACCACUCUCUGGACGUCUUUCACUACAUCUCCAUGAUGACACUGGACACUGUUAUGAAGUGUGCUUUCAGUUACCAGGGCAGUGUCCAGUUGGAUGAAAACUCCAGGUCCUACACUAAGGCUGUUGAGGAUCUGAACACCCUGACUUUCCAUCGAAUAAGGAGUGUCUUUUAUUGGAAUGACACCAUCUACAAGAUGUCCUCUGACGGCCGUUUGUUCUACCAUGCCUGCCAGCUUGCACAUGAGCACACAGAUGGAGUGAUCAAGAUGAGGAAAGCUCAGCUUCAGAAUGAGGAAGAGCUGGAGAAAGUCAAGAAGAAGAGGCGCCUGGAUUUCUUGGACAUCCUCUUGCUUUCCAAAAUGGAGGAUGGGAAGAGCUUGUCUGAUGAGGACCUGCGUGCAGAGGUGGAUACAUUCAUGUUCGAGGGCCAUGACACCACAGCCAGUGGACUCUCCUGGAUCUUCUAUGCUCUGGCCGCACACCCUGAGCACCAACAGAGAUGCAGGGAGGAGGUGCAAAGUGUCCUGGGUGAUGGAACUUCUGUCACCUGGGACCACCUGGACCAGAUGCCCUACACCACUAUGUGCAUCAAGGAGGCCAUGAGGCUCUACCCACCUGUCCCGACUGUGAGUCGAGAGCUCAACACACCUGUCACCUUCCCUGAUGGACGCUCCUUACCCAAAGGUAUCACAGUUGCAAUCAGCAUUUAUGGCCUUCACCAUAACCCACGUUUUUGGCCAAACCCUAAGGUGUUUGACCCCUCUAGAUUUGCACCAGAUUCUUCUAGGCACAGCUACGCUUUCCUGCCCUUCUCGGGAGGAGCAAGAAACUGCAUUGGGAAACAGUUUGCUAUGAAUGAGAUGAAGGUGGCCGUGGCCCUGACCCUGCUCCGCUUUGAGCUGCUGCCAGAUCCCACCAGGAUCCCAGUCCCCGUAUUAAGACUUGUGUUGAAGUCCAAGGAUGGGAUCCACCUGCGUCUCAAGAAGCUAAGAUAAUUCUGGAGGAGAAAAGAACAACUCUAGGGACCUGCUGCCUUCAGGGCUUUCUACUUGUCCCCUGCUUCUGUCCCGGGCUUAUCUGUACUUCUUCUGCUUUCUUUCAGACACCUGUCCCUCUGCUGUCUGUGAUGUCUCCUGUCAUCCCAUCUUCCUGCUCUUUCUCAAACUCUACCUAGACUCUUCCCCAGUUGUGUGUGUGCCUGUCUGCCACAUGGUUGUGUCUCUGACUGGCCACAUAACCCCUAGACACCUGCCUGUCCUCAGUUUACCCUUUACAACCAUCCCCCUGAAAGAAGAAACAUUUUAAAUGGAGACACUUGUGCCUCUCCCUUUGGCUCUCAGACUCUUGAGACAGUAGACACCAUGAAUUCAAAUGUCCUUAGGAAUCACACGCUGGGAGAAAAUUAACAUUAAAAGUCUGCAUCCCCCAGAAGGGGAACUUGAUUCACAAGCAGAGGCUCUCCAAAUUCUUUCUACUUGUCUCAUGUUGAUGUUAAUGUGUGCAGAUUUAGGGCAUUUGUUCCAAUUUUCUUAUGAAAAAAUAAUCCUGUUAUAGAGAAAUUAAUAGUUUUUCCUCUUUUGACCCAAGCCGAAAAUAAAUCCAUUUUACUUCAUCUACUCCUGUUUCCUAUUUUUGUUUCAGAUGCAGACAUGAACCCAAGUGUCCCAAAGGGGCUUUGGCAAGCCAGCCAUCAGGGAAUCUUGUUACUGUCUGGUCCCUACUGUUAGAGUGUGGUAGAAUUCUCAGCUCUUGAGGGGUUUGCUUUGCUUUUUGACCCUUUGAGUUGGCUGUCUAUAAAUCGGACUGAUGAUUUGGUGAAGCCAAGGAGUUUUCUGAUUUUAACCUGAUCUUAUUUGCUUAGAGUACUCUAGUUAUUCAGUAAGGAGAUUUGGAGUAUUCUUGCUAAAUGCAUAUGAUCUGGACCUGGAUUCUUUGAUGAUUUCAGCACCAACUAUAAAGAAAAGUGUUUGUCAUCCUUGCAUCACACACAAAAGUUCAUAAAACACUACUACAGCUGACUCUACAGUAUGACUUUAGAGUCUACAAUAUGACUGCUCCAUACUGACUCUCACACGGUGACUUCAAUACUGUGUUCUCACUAGCAACAGGUCAUCCUGACAAAAGCUAAACUAAAGUUCUUGAGGUAAUCUAUGUCAUAAGCCAAACAGACCUAACAUAUUUUCAGAGCAUUUUACCCAAACACAAAAGAAUCUACCCUUUUCUCAACACCUCAUGGAACAUUCUCCAACACUGAUUAAAUACUUGGACAUGUCCCAACAGAUACAAUAAAACUAGAAACAUCCUAUCCGAUCACCAUGGAUUAAAGCCGGAUAUCAAGAACAGAAAAACUAAAACCUCAUGGAAACUGAACAAUGCAUUACUGAAUGAGAAGUGGGCCAAGACAGAAAUCAAGAAGGAACAUGAAAACCUUCUAUAAUUGAAUGAAAAUGAAAACAACAUAUUGAAAUCGAUGGAACAUAAUGAAGGUAGCUGUAAGAGGCAAAUUCAUACCACUGAGUGCCUAGAUUUCCUCAUAUCUGGAUUUAUGUCGUCCUUUUCAUCUCUAACUUUGUUAACUUGGAUCUCUCCAUUCCACCUUUAGUUAAUUUGGCUAUUGGUUUUCUUAACCAACUGUUUGUUUUCUGUUAUUGUUUGUUUGUUUCUAUUUUAUUGACUUCAGUUCUGAGUUUGAUUAUUUCUUGCCAUCUACUCCUUUUAGAUUUUAUUUUUCUUUUGUUCUAGAGCUUUCAUGUAUGUUAUUAAAUUACUAGUACAAGA